GUUCUGUGCCGUGACGUAAUCGAGUGGCUGCAUCAGGACGCGGAGGUAAGCUGUGGAAGACGGUCGUCGCGGUUUCUUCUUCUUUCGUCCUUAUUUCCCGCAUCGAUCGCGACGUUUUUUGUAUCAAGGCUUCACAAGACGUCCCAUACUCAACACGACAACAGCAGCGAGUGCAAGACACAAGUAGAAGAGGACCAAAUCAAGAAGACACAAGGAAAACGGGAUCAAAAUGUCGCUCGGAAAGGAUGUCACCCCGAAAGUCGUGCUUAAAAGCACCACCAAAAUCUCUCUGAAUGACCGAUUCUCCACCCUGGCCAAGAAAGCGCCCCCGCAGCAGCAAGUGCGUGCCACGCUGCAGCAGCAGCAGAUGGCGUCUGCGAAGAACCGUCGUCUGGCGCAGCAGAUGGAGAACCGGCCGACGGUCCAGGCAGCACUGCACCUCAAGCAGCAGCAGCAGCAGCAGCAGAUACAUCAGAUGCCCCUGAAACUGCGACUGGGUUCCAAGGGUAACGUGCAGGCACGGCUGGGGCUGCCGCAGCGUGGAGGCUUCCGUGGGCGCGGGGGAAUGCGCGGCGGGAUCCGCGGACGCGGCAGGGGAGGUAUCCGGGGCCGGCUGUCGCUGCCGCAGUUUGGGCGCGGCGCCAUGGGCCGCGGCGGGAGAGGAGGUUUUAGGGGCGCGGGCAGAGGAUUCCAGCCACGUGGAGGCCGCAUGCAGAGAGGAGGUGGCCGAGGUGCAGGUGGCAUGAGGGGGAGGGGGGCAGGCAGAGGUGCCCCUCGAGGCGGGAUGCGAGGCAUUCGUGGCGGGAUGCGCGGUCGUGGAGGGAGAGGAGGACGGGGCCGUGGUGCACGUGGCGGGAUCCAGAACAACGUCUCCAAGGAGGACCUAGACAACCAGCUAGAUGCCUACAUGUCCAAGACAAAGGGCUACCUGGAUGCACAACUGGACGAAUACAUGCGUGAAGCUGGAGCUGACGAAUAGGAUGCUAGCUUUACUCUGGGGACACUCCAAACAUACUGUAAUAUAUAGGAAAACAUAAAAAGUCUUGAAUAUAAGAACAUGACAAGAUAGGAAAGCAGGCAGCUUAUUUCAUUACCACAGAUUCAAAAAUGUACUGAAUGUAAAACUUUAAGAACACAGUUUGUAGCAGAAUUUCUUUGGGUAUAAUUGGUUAUAUUGAUUUUUAUUGUCCAUUCAAUCUUGCCAUACUGCAAAGGACUUACAGGUUUUUGUCUAGUAAGUUCAUGCA